AUGGUUCAAGGCCCCCCUCCACCACAGGACAAAUGGGAAGAGCUCAUCGGCCAGGACUCUCCAGUGGAGGUCUUUCAGCACAUCACCUUGAUGACACUGAACACUAUCAUGAAGUGUACCUUCAGCCACAAGGGCAGUAUCCAGGUGGACAGGAAAUCACAGUCCUACAUCAAAGCCAUCAGAGAUCUGACCAACCUAUUUUUUUCCCGUGCUAAGAAUGCCUUUUACCAGAAUGACACUAUCUACAAUCUGACACCUGAAGGCCGCAGAGCUCAACAUGCCUGCCAGAUCGCCCAUCAGUACACAGACCGAGUGAUCCAGCAGAGGAAGGCUCAACUGCAGGAGGAGGGCGAGCUAGAGAACCUCAAGAAAAAGAGGCACCUGGAUUUCCUGAACAUCCUCCUCUUGGCCAAAAUGGAGAAUGGGAGCAGCUUGUCAGACAAGGACCUCCGUGCUGAGGUGGACACGUUCAUGUUCGAGGGUCACGACACCACAGCCAGCGGCAUCUCCUGGAUCCUCUAUACUCUUGCCGUGAACCCCAAGCAUCAGCAGAGAUGCCGAGAGGAGGUCCAGAGCCUCUUGGGGGAUGGAGCCUCCAUCACCUGGGAGCACCUGGACCAGAUGCCCCACACCAUCAUGUGCAUCAAGGAGGCAUUGAGAAUCUAUCCACCAGUACCAGCAAUUAGCAGGGAACUGAGCAAACCUGUCACCUUCCCUGAUGGACACUCCUUGCCCAAAGGUAUCAUAGUGAUACUUUCCAUGUAUGGCCUCCACCACAACCCGAAGGUGUGGCCAAACCCAGAGGUGUUUGACCCUUCCCGCUUUGCACCAGGUUCUGACCGACAUAGCCAUGCAUUCCUGCCCUUCUCAGGAGGAUCAAGGAACUGCAUUGGGAAACAAUUUGCCAUGAACGAGCUGAAGGUGGCCAUGGCCCUGACCCUGCUUUGCUGUGAGCUGCUCCCUGAUCCCACAAGGGUCCCCAUACUCCCUCGAGCUGUGUUGAAAUCCAACAAUGGGAUUCACUUGCAUCUCAAGAAGCUCUCUAAUCCGUGGGGGGACAAGAAUGGGCUCUGA